AUGAAUCAACUCACAUUUCAUCUCUUAAUUCUCCAUUUCACAUUCUUUGCCCAUUGUGAUGGCGACGUUUUUCGUUCAAGAGUUCCCACAAACUCCUCAUGGAGAUUCAAUCUAGACACCAGCGGCACCAUCAUCCUUUAUCAGCCUUCUCGCAAGCUAGCGGUCGGAUUCGCUUUUAUUAAUUGCGAAGCGUGUAAUUCUAGGCCUAGUGUCUACUUCUCGGUGGUCAUGCUAAGCAAGACUCCCAGUAGUGUGGCAGACGUUGAAUUCGGCCCGAGCGCUAGCCAAGCUCACUUAAUCUGGGUUGCAAACAGAAACCGGCCAGUCUUCAUGUACUGCGCCCUCGAGCUACAGCUCGAUGGAAACUUGGUCUUGCGAGAUAGCGACGCCACCAUCGUGUGGCAAUCCAACACGGCUGGGCUGGGCGUCGCGGGGAUGGAGCUCCGCGAGACAGGCAAUCUGGUUCUCUAUGGCAGCGGCAACCAAACGAUCUGGCAGAGCUUUGGAGAGCUCCAAGACACGCUCACCAUUGGUCAACGCCUCCAGCCUGGGGAAUCUCUCGAGAGUAGCGUGUCCGAGUUUAACUUCUCUCGUGGCCACUUUCGCCUCCUCGUGGAGCCCGACCGGGUAUCGCUCAAGUUCUCCACCUCCGGGGUGAGCUACGGCGAGUGGUGCGCUUAUGGAGAAGAGAUUGGAUUCGUCACCAUUGAUAAUGGAUCACUAGGUUGCCACCGCAAGAAGGAUAACUCCGAGAUCCAAUCCAUCCUUUUCCCGGCUGCAUCAUCCGUAGUUAACAACAGGUUCUUGCGGCUCUUUCCAAGCGGCGAUCUCCGGGUAUACACCUCCGAGGGAGAUAUUCUUGUCGAAACCGGGUAUAGUAUCAUCAGCGACUUUGUGGAGGACUACUCGCCAUGCGGGAAGUUCCCGGGAUCUUGUGGGGAGUAUGGCGUGUGUACAACGAGUGGAGAGUGCAUUUGUCCCAGCUAUUCCUCGUACUUGGACCCUAGCAAUCCCAAGCUUGGAUGCAAGCUAAAUCGCCCACCACCAGAGUCUUUGGAAAACUGCGAGGAAAACAGCGAGAUCGAGGAGUUUCCUGGGAUGAUCUCUGUGGGGUUGUACAAGGAUUUUACAGACAUGCCACUUGAGAAGUGUAGGAAUUCGUGCCUGGGGAACUGUAGCUGCAAGGGAGUGCUGUUCAGCACGCACAGGUGCGUGGAAUUGCUCGAGGUUUUCACCUUGUGGAACUCUACGGGUAUGUAUGGAAAGUCUAAUAACAUCACAGCGUUUGUGAAGAUGGGCUUGCGGAAUUCUACGAAAUUGACUUUUCCAAAACUCAACAAUCAGAGAAAAAAAUCAUGGUCUUUGACUUACAUUGCUGUUGCCAUUGUUUUUGGAGCCGUUAUUGUUGUGGUGGUAGCGGUGAUAUGGAAGUUCCCGAAUGCAAAAGCUUUCAAGAAGUCUCAGGAGACGAUUAUGGAACAAGUCCGGCCAGAGUUUCCUAAUGCUCCCAGGUGUUACGCGUAUGAGGAGCUGUGUGAGAUCACUAGCAACUUCAAGAGCAAACUUGGCCAGGGAGGAUUCAGCACUGUUUUUGCGGGAGUUUUCCAGGAUGGCAGCAAGGUUGCGGUCAAGAGAUUGGAGACUGCAAGGCAAGGGCUCAAGCAGUUCAUGGCUGAGGUGAGAACCAUUGGCAGCAUCCAUCACCGAAACCUAGUUCAGUUGCAAGGCUAUGGAGCUGACGACCAUCACUAUUACCUGGUAUACGAGUUUGUGGAAAAUCUCUCGCUAGAUAAGUGGCUCUUCAGUAAGAUCCACAGUCAUGAUCCAAAAAAGCAGCAGGCUUUGAGGUGGAAGAUAAGAUCUCGGAUCGCCAUGGACAUUGCUCGUGGACUGGAUUAUCUUCACGGAGGAUGCAAGGAUCAGGUCCUCCACCUUGACAUCAAGCCACAAAACAUCCUCCUUGACACAGAUUUUGGAGCCAAGAUUUGUGACUUUGGACUUGCAAGGCUGGUCGAGAGGAGUGAUCACGAGAAGAUCUUUGUCAACACGGUGAUGCGAGGAACUCCCGGAUACAUGGCUCCCGAGUGGCUCCAUUCCCGGGUGACGGACAAGGCAGAUGUUUACAGCUUUGGGAUCGUUUUGCUGGAGAUUGUGAGUGGAAGAAAGGUGGUGCCCCUCCCGGCCAGCGCGGUGAUCAGUCAGGGAGAUUCCAGGAUCUUAAAAGUAAACGCAUUUGAAAGAAGUGAACUGCUGCUUGGACACGUGGAUCCGGGACUGCUGCUUGAGCCCGACUUCGAUUUGGGAGAGGCGAAAGAGGUGGUAAGGGUUGGACUUAUGUGCGUCCACCAAGAACAGCUUCUAAGACCUUCUAUGGGGGUUGUGUUGAAAAUGCUGGAAGAAGCGUUGGCCAAUAGAUGA